CUGGGCCAGGCUUCGUGCGGUGGGGUUCACUCGCGCGGCAGUGGUAGCCGAGGACUCUUGGUUCUGCGGCACGUGACGGUUGGACUCCCUCCGCUGCGGUGUCUACUGCAGCGUAGGGCCAGUUGUGCGGGCGGGAGAAGGCUUGGCCACCGCUGGCGGUCCCUGGUAGGCUAGAGCACCAUUUCAGGAGAAGGGGAGUAAUCCAGUCGGAGAAUCACAGAACGUUAAAAGCAACAAAGCACUCGAAAGUUCGCCAAGGCCUAGAGAUCAUGGAAGGGAAGUGGUUACUGUGUGUGUUGCUGGCCCUUGGAACUACUGUCCUUCAGGCUCAUGAUGGACAUGAUGAUAAUGUGAUUGAUAUUGAGGAUGACCUAGAUGACGUCAUUGAAGAGGUAGAAGACUCGAAGCCGGAUACCAGCGCUCCUCCUCCAUCUCCAAAGGUUACCUAUAAAGCUCCAGUUCCAACAGGGGAAGUAUAUUUUGCUGAUUCCUUUGACAGAGGAACUCUGUCAGGGUGGAUUUUAUCCAAAGCCAAGAAAGAUGACACUGAUGAAGAAAUUGCCAAAUAUGAUGGAAAGUGGGAAGUAGAUGAGAUGAAAGAAUCAAAGCUUCCAGGUGAUAAAGGACUUGUAUUGAUGUCUCGGGCCAAGCAUCAUGCCAUCUCUGCUAAACUGAACAAGCCCUUCAUGUUUGAUACCAAGCCUCUCAUUGUUCAGUAUGAGGUUAAUUUCCAAAAUGGAAUAGAAUGUGGUGGUGCCUAUGUGAAACUUCUUUCUAAAACACCAGAACUCAACUUGGAUCAGUUCCACGACAAGACCCCUUACACAAUUAUGUUUGGUCCAGAUAAAUGUGGAGAGGAUUAUAAAUUGCACUUCAUCUUCCGCCACAAAAACCCUAAGACGGGUAUUUAUGAAGAAAAGCAUGCUAAGAGGCCAGAUGCAGAUCUGAAGACCUAUUUUACUGACAAGAAAACACAUCUUUACACGUUAAUUUUGAAUCCAGAUAAUACUUUUGAAAUAUUAGUUGACCAGUCUGUUGUAAACAGUGGAAAUCUGCUAAAUGACAUGACUCCUGCUGUAAAUCCUUCACGUGAAAUUGAGGACCCAGAAGACCGGAAGCCUGAGGAUUGGGAUGAAAGACCAAAAAUUCCAGAUCCUGAUGCUGUCAAGCCAGAUGACUGGGAUGAAGAUGCCCCUGCUAAGAUUCCAGAUGAAGAAGCCACAAAACCUGAAGGCUGGUUAGAUGAUGAGCCUGAAUAUAUAUCUGAUCCAGAUGCAGAGAAGCCAGAGGAUUGGGAUGAAGACAUGGAUGGAGAAUGGGAGGCUCCUCAGAUUGCCAACCCGAAAUGUGAGUCAGCUCCUGGGUGUGGGGUCUGGCAGCGACCUAUGAUCGACAACCCCAAUUACAAGGGCAAAUGGAAGGCUCCGAUGAUGGACAAUCCUAACUACCAGGGAAUCUGGAAACCCAGGAAAAUACCAAAUCCAGAUUUCUUUGAAGAUCUCGAACCUUUCAAAAUGACUCCUUUUACUGCUAUUGGUUUGGAGCUAUGGUCUAUGACCUCUGAUAUUUUUUUUGACAACUUUAUCAUCUCUGGUGACCGAAGAGUAGUUGAUGAUUGGGCCAAUGAUGGAUGGGGCCUGAAGAAAGCUGCUGACGGGGCUGCUGAGCCAGGUGUAGUGGGGCAGAUGAUUGAGGCAGCUGAAGAGCGCCCAUGGCUCUGGGUGGUCUACAUUUUGACUGUAGCUCUGCCUGUGUUCCUUGUUAUCCUCUUCUGCUGUUCUGGAAAGAAACAACCCAGUGCUAUGGAGUACAAGAAGACUGAUGCUCCUCAACCAGAUGUGAAGGAAGAGGAAGAAGAGAAAGAGGAGGAAAAGGACAAGGGAGAUGAGGAGGAAGAAGCAGAAGUGAAACUUGAAGAGAAACAAAAAAGUGAUGCUGAAGAAGAUGGUGGUGCUGUCAGUCAAGAGGAGGAAGAGAGAAAACCUAAAGCAGAGGAGGAUGAAAUUUUGAACAGAUCACCAAGAAACAGAAAGCCACGAAGAGAGUGAAAUAAUCUUGAGAACUUGAUCUGUGAUUUCUUUUCCCUCCCCUUCCCCUCCAAGUGUGGUCCUAGGAAAGGACCUGGCACACCUUAGGUUGAAACUCAGAAAACCUCAAGAUGUCACCAUCAACAGGUUCCAGUUGAACACUAGUCUGUGUAAUUUUAAACAUCUAGCAGUAAUAAUUUCAGUUGUGACAUAAAGGACCCUGUUUUUGUAGAAAGGAAAACAUUUAACAUAAUGGUUGUGAAAAGUAACAUGAAACAACUAACUUGUAUUUUUGUUUUUGUUUUUAAAUCUUUGUUUUUAAAAAUAGAAUGAUAGAACUUUACCAAUCUUUAAAAUCUUGUCUUAAUUUAAUAUAUUAGUCUGUCCAUGCAGAAAUAACACCAACAUUUAAAAAUUCUAAGGGAAUGAGUUGUAGUUUUUAUAAUAGAUUUUUUUUAAGUUUGGUAUUACAAAAUAUUCAAAUGUUUCUGUCCCUUAAAAUUGAUAAUCAUGUUUAAAGUACAGUCAUUUGUGGUUAUAAUCUUGUUUUGCUUGCUUCCAUUACUUGAUUCCUCCUAAGGAAAUUUAGGAGAGGGAUUGGAUGGAGCCCAGAUUUAUAUAGAAGUUCUGUUUAAGUUGUAUUAAAAAUAGAUAUACAUUAUGUUGGUUAGACCAUAAAGUGUGUGUUCUGUUGUCUUUGGAACUGAGCAGACAGCAGUUAAUGGAGGAGGUGGCCACUUCUAUGUAGCACUUGGGUAGUCUUACUCCACACACAGGGAGCAUCUGGCUUUGGCUUUCUGGAGCAGGUAGCUUGUUGAGGAACUCACUAGCAGGGCAUGGCAUGUGAGUUCUGGAGUAGGUAUUUUCAUUACUACUUCCACUGUGUCAACACUGUUUUCCUUACCCAUAUUUCCAAAUUCUGAGCUUUUUCCUCUGCUAUGCAUUUUCUUCAAAGCGCAGCUUGCAAUCCGUUGCUGAAAUUGAUUAUGAACUCUGCAUAGUGGUAAGCUUUAUUGUGAUCACAUGUAUGUUUCUUCUUUCUUUGAAGCAGACCCACACCUUUCCAGGGUCAGAGUACAGGAUAGAAUACGAUCUUUCACUUUUACUCAUUUCUUUGACUCCGUGUAAAGACUUUAGAAGUCUUAAUUCAGAGGUGAACCAAUUCAGAAUUGACUGUACACAGGCUAAAAGUAUUUAUGGGAGGAGUGACACAUAGCAUGAUUUUUGUAGCUGCUAAAUAUUUUAAGCCUUCAUUUGCAAUUCAUGUAAUUCAUUUGUGUCUUAAAUUACACAAUAAAGCAGUCCUGUUCAAAUUUUUUUUUUAACGUGGCUUGUAGAAUUUUUUAAAAAGUGAUCUUAAGUUUGUUUUUCAUGUGGAAUGCACAUGGGUGCUAUCAGAGCCUCUCCCAUACCACUAUAGUGUAAUAAUAUCACACUGAAAGGUAUUCAGAAUUACAUGUUAUUUUUAGCUUUAUUCUUUCCUCAGAGGUGUUUUACAUGUACUGAUGAUACUGUUCCUUGCACUGAAUAUAUAAACACUCCACAGUGUUUAUAUUGGGGAGAUGUUGUGGAGGAGGUAUAUUUGUAAAAGAUGAAAGCCGUACCCAUUUAUUUUACUGUUUUGUUUUUUUUUUUUAACUGAUCUACUUAAAUCCUUUUUUGGGUUGGAUGCAUUUUUUUGCUCUUCAGUGCUUGUUUCUUUUCAUUCGUUUGUGGUCACAGUGACCUUAGCUAUGUAGCAGACUUUCCCAAACAUAUUGAGUGCAAAUAAACAGUUGUUACUUA